AUGGCGAUCCGCGAGGAUCUGGUCGUAUCGGCGGCCAAGUUCCUCCAGGAUCCCUCGGUGGCCUCAUCGCCGCCGGAAAACCGCGUGGCCUUCUUGAAGGCCAAGAACCUGACACCCGAGGAGAUCACUGCCGCGCUUGCGCGGGCCGGUUUCGACAACGGCGGCAACGCCGGCCCGGUCAGCUAUGGUAUCUCGCCUCAGCCAUCAGCUCCCCCUCAGCAGCAGACCUUCUACGGCAACCCAUACGGCCAGCCACAACAGUACCCUCCUUACGGAUGGCAACCGCCGCCGCCACCCGAGGCCCUCCCACGGCGCGAUUGGCGCGACUGGUUCAUCAUGGCCACGAUCGUCGGCGGCGUUGGUUAUGGCCUGUACAGCAUGACCAAGAGAUACGUGUACCCCCUUGUUGCGCCCCCAACCCCGGAUCGGCUGGAGCAGGACAAGAAGGCCAUCGACGAGCAGUUCGAGCGUGCAUUUGCCCUCGUCGACCAGCUGGCCAAGGACACGGACGAGCUGAAGGCGGCUGAGAAGGAACGCACAGAACGGCUGGACCAGGCCCUCACAAACCUCGAGACGGUCAUCAAUGAGCUGAAAACGGCCAGCAAGCGCCGUGAGGAGGAUGCCGAGCGUCUGCGGGACGACGUGCGGGGACUCAAGGAUGCGCUGCCGAAAGCGCUUGACACGCAGCGCGAGGUCACGGACGGCCGCCUGCGCGAGGUGAACACGGAGCUCAAGGGCCUCAAGACGCUGAUCGGCCAGCGCAUGGGUGGCGGCAGCACGGCCACUGGUAGCUCGCCCGUGAACGGUGGUCCCAGCUACCUGCGCGCUGCCAGCGUGGCGCCGAGCUCGACAUCGGCGCCGUCCGUGGUGUCGGUUGAGAGCGAGGGCACGGAGACCGCGAACAAGGCGGCGGCGACGCCUUCCGCCAACCCUCUGGCGACGACGGUCGAGACGGUCAGCAACAACACUGGCAACAGCGGUUUCGUCAGCGGCUACUCGGCAGCCAACCUGACCAGCAACAGCAGCAGCCCGGCCCCGGCAGCGACGUCGCCGCCUUCGUCAUUCAGCUCCUCGGGCAAGGCCUCGAUCCCCGCGUGGCAGCGCGCCAUGCAGAAGCCGGCCGCUUCCACCAACGGCACUGCCAGCAGCAGCAGCGCACAGCCCGAGGCGUCCGGUAGCGCUUAG